GCUAAGGUACCUAUUAUUAUGAACCUGCUCAAACCGGGCAGCGAAUCUCAUUGGCAUGCCGUGCAUAUGGAUCACUGCCAUCCUUUCCAUCAUAAACCUGGGGUAGCAGCAUCGACCCAGAGCCAUUGGUGAUUUAACUCGGAGGUGGACAUAGUGAACGGACUUAAUCUUUUUCUCUUUCCUUUUUUCAACAUCGAGUUUUUUUUUUUCCCCAGUGAAGGAACCCCCCCCCCCCGAGACUCAAGCCUUACAGAAAUGGAAUCAGAACCAAUAUUUGCUAUCCAUUCGACUCUACACCUAAUUUUCCAUCGAAACAAAAACCAGCACGGCAAGACAAAAUGGUGGAAGUGGCUCUCCAUCUUGAAGCGGGUUACUUUAAAUCUUGCAAGAUCUCUGAGAUAUGAGGCAUCUCACAGCCAUGCAAAUGAGGCUUCUACCAUAUACAGGCAAUACCUGGCAACAGAUAUCAUGCCAAGAUGUUACCUGGCCUUCUCGACUGUUGUUGCAGACGUGCAAUUUUCCACAGUCGGCACAGUUCUUCUGGCCACAUUGGCUCGUCUGGCGAAAGCAACGGGUAUUGAUAAAGACCUAAAGAACACAUUCCGGGUAGACAAAGCCAGCAGAAGUAGAGCCCCAUCCAUCAGCCUUCAAAAUGCGGAGGACCUAGGAGAAAUUCUUUCUCGGAAGCCCCCAUCUCCGCUGCCCAAAGAACCUGUUACCAAAGAGUCUGACGUGGCAAGGUCCGGCAGUAUCUCCAAGAUAGCGAACACGGCAGGUGGGCAUACGAAGAAAUCAAAGAAGCGGAAAAAGAAGGACGCUAUUGAUGACCUGUUUAAUGGUUUGUUGUAGUGUUCUCGAAUUUAAUAUAUCUAAAUGACCUCAG